UUCGUGUAAACCUAAGAAACCACUUAUUUAAACAUAUUUCUAACUAACGUAUUUCCAUUAUUUCCAGAGAAUGGGCUCGCUGCCUCGGGUAUCAGUAGUGAACGGGUCGCGCACCGCGGUGCCGGCCGCCCCCCUGCCGAAGCAUCUCGCUCAUCUCGCCAACAAUGAAAACACGGCCCUUGUAUACGCAGACGAGACCUGCAGCGUGAGGGUCAGCUACUCGGAGCUGGAGGCGCGCACCAACGCCCUCGCCCGAGCCAUCUCCGCUCGCGCGAGAGUCAGCAGCACCAACCGGGACGGCGACUACGUCGUAGCUGUCUGCAUGCAGCCGACACACAACACCAUAGCUGUCCUUCUCUCAACAUGGAAGGCUGGAGCCGCAUACGUGCCGAUGGAGCCGAGCUUCCCCCAAGCGAGGGUUGCACACAUCCUGAAGGAUGCUGAACCGGCCCUCAUCAUUUAUGAUGAUACUGCAAACCCCGCCAUGUUCUCCGGGAGUGGUAUACCUGCGGUAUCCUAUGAGGAGCUGACGGAGGAGGCUGGAGGCCUGUCAGCUGACGCCGUCCAGGAUAUGGAAGUACUAACAACUGCAAGGAACGAUAGCAUCGCUAUAGUACUGUACACAUCGGGAAGUACUGGAGUGCCUAAAGGAGUCCGCCUAUCCUACUCUGCAAUCUGCAACCGUCUCUGGUGGCAGUUCCGUACAUUCCCCUACACGGACUCCGAGGUCAACUGCGUUUGGAAGACGGCCUUGACCUUCGUGGACUCAGUCUGUGAAAUCUGGGGACCCUUGCUGCACGGCAGGACCCUGGUCAUCCUGUCGCGAGAGACCACGAGGGACCCACAGAAACUGGUCAACGUUUUGGCUGAAAACCAGAUCCAACGUCUAGUACUCGUACCAACUCUUCUCCGAUCCAUCUUAAUGUAUCUCUCUCUGAAACCCUCGGAGAGACCUCUUCAGCAUCUGAAGCUCUGGGUCUGUUCUGGAGAGACCCUCAGCAAGGACCUGGCUGCUCAGUUCUUCAAGUAUUUCGGAGACUACAGUGGAUACAAGCUGGCUAACUUCUAUGGAAGCACAGAAGUUAUGGGGGAUGUGACUUACUAUGUGCUGGAGAAGUCUGCUCAACUCAAUUCUCAUGAUACAGUCCCGAUUGGUACGCCAUUAGACAACUGCGCCGUCUACCUGCUGGAUGAGGAGAUGAACCCUGCGCGGGAGUCAGAGCCGGGCGAGGUGUGGGUGGCGGGACGGAACCUCGCCGCCGGGUACGUGGGCGGGCAGGGAGCUGACAAGUUCCAGGACAACCCUCAUGCUGCACACCCGGAUUUCGGUCGCCUCUACCGCACUGGUGACUUUGGCGUACUGGAGAAAGGUGUGAUCCUGUACGCAGGCCGUACCGACUCGCAGGUCAAGAUCAGAGGUCACAGGGUCGACCUGCAGGAGAUCGACAGAGCUGUUGCUAGCAUCGAAGGUGUUGAAAAAUGCGUGGUCCUGUGCUACGGCGCGUCGCGCGGGUCCCCGACGCUGCUCGCGUUCGUGCUGGCGGCGGCGGGCGCGCGCCUGUCCGCGCGCUCGCUGGAGGCGCGCCUCGCGCACUGCCUCACCAGCUACAUGAUGCCGCAGGUAAUUGAGGUGGAAAGUAUUCCUCUGCUGGUGAACGGCAAGGUUGACAGACAAGCUCUGCUGAAAAUGUACGAGAACACCAACAAUAAUGAUGACUCCGAGAUUCCUCUCGACCUGGACUACUCGGGCGUGGCUCCUGAAGACUUGGAAGCCGCGAAGGUUCUCUUCGAGACGGUGGGUGAAGUGCUGGGCAGGUCUGCCCGCGGUGCCAUCAGCGUGAGGGCUGGUUUCUAUGAACUGGGAGGAAACUCACUCAAUUCUAUUUAUACUAUCACCAGACUGAGGGACAGGGGGUACUUUAUUGAGAUUAGCGACUUCUUGGGCGCUACGAACCUAGGUGAGGUGUUGGCUCGCAUGAGCACGAACCCCAACCACGAGAGCGAGGAUACCGACCAGUUCACUGCUGAGCCACUCGCUGAUGAACAUAAGCAACAAGUUAUAGAAAUGAUAGUAUCAUCGUUCUACAACAAGGCUGAGUUGGAGCAGUUCUUGAAACACGAGAUCGACACGAAGGACUACGCGGUCCUCAUCAGUGACACCUGGCCGGCGCUGCUCGCCGCACAACUGAGUGUCGUACUGAAGAACUCAUCAGGAACCCCGGUAGCAGUGGCUUUGAACUUCGAUGCUCGCGACGAGCCCGAUGUCGAGUCGGAGGAGACCGGCGGCCUCAUGAAGAUCAUGUGCUUCCUGGAGUUUGUCGAGGGCUCCGUCAGGGACACCAUGCUGCCGCCCGGGAAGGGAACAAUACUCCAUUCCUUCAUGAUGGCAACAGCUGAGUCGCUGAGUCCUCGGGAGAACGUGUCCGCUAUCAGAGCCCUGGAAAACGCCACCAUGGACAUUGCCAAGGAGAGGGGAUUCAAAGGAGUAUUCACAACCAACACGAGCCCGCUCACACAGCAAUUGGGAACAGACGUCCUGGGCUACCAAACCCUCCUGGACUAUCAGAUCAACCAGUACGUUGACCCCAACGGCGAGAGGACCUUUGGCAAAGCCCCCGACGACAUGAGAGCCAUCGUAUGUUGGAAACCUCUAGACUAAGUCAAACGAAACUAGACCCUAGCUACAAGAUAUUAGGUGUAAUUCAGCUUGUGUUGUCGUUGAAUGUUAUUUGUUGAAAGUUGAUUUUGUUGCUACAACAUAAGGUGCAAUUUAGGUUGACUAGUAUUCCCAGUAAUUAUGAGUGUAUCGGCAUUUAAAGUUACGUUAGUUGAUUUUAGACUUUAUUGUUAUGCUUUAAGGCACAUUUUACGUUGUAUUUAGUCAAGUUUCAAUAAACUGGGAUUGUAUAAAAAUAAUGACCAGUAUUUUAUUGAUAUUGACGCAUUAUUGUACACGAAAUUAGACUUUAUGAUGUCUGAAUAAAGUACAAUUUAGAUUGUCAUGGAUUCUCAAAUAUUUGUUUUUGUUUACCAUUGAGAAAAAUGCUUAGAAAUAAAAUGU